GACGUGUCUUUGGAUUCAUUUUUUUUUUAUCAAGAUGCGUUUGCCUCAACUUAUAGCACUUGUUUCGAUCAGUUUUGAAUACAUCCAGUCGUGCUGCUUCCCGAGUGUGUUCGAGGUGACGAAAAUCAACACGAUCAUUGCCGAGGAGAAUUCAACUAAUCAGGAAAAGAUUUACUUUAGCGCAGAAAUAGGGAAGGCUGCUGAAGUCAGAACAAAUGAAUGGGGACAGACUGAGCGCAAAAUUUAUGAUAAAGCCACCAAAAAGCGUUACGUCAUCACAGACGAAAACGUGUGUGACGUUACAGAUCUGUACAAGUCGAUCCAAAAGAUGUGUAUGCCACCAUCUGCAGUUUUUAUAGGCUCAACGGUGCUUGACAAUAACAAUUUGACGGUCAACAAUUACUACGUCAACAUAAGCCACGAAAAUUCGUUUAUUGAUAUCAACCUAAUGACCAUCCCUAUAAAGGAAGGGGUCUGCUUUGUAGUGAAACGUGUUAUUAAAUUUCAAAAUGUUACACUAACAAGCGAGUACAUUAACCACACGUUUGAAAUCACGGACAUGUCUGUGUUUCAAACUCCCAAACAAUGCAACGGGGCAAACAAUGGAAGUAUUCUCCUAACAACAUCAUUGUUGAUUAUAUUACUUAUUCAUAUUUAAUAAUAGAUAAAGAGAACUUACACGUUAUCUUAUUUUUAAGGUAUUUCUAUGGUACUUUAUGUAUAGCAAAUUGUUUAAAAUUAGAAAAUACAUUUAUUUAUUUACCGCAUAUGUCUUUAUUUAGUUUGCUAUCGAUAAAAAAUUAUGCAAUCAUUUUUUGGUACAAAAAAUUAACUUUAAUAAAUACUAUUUUUACUC